AUGCUCCAGGACGCUGAGCUGGACCCUUCAAUACAGCAACCGAAAGGAGAUUUUGCGUUCCAAAUUUGCACCGACACGAAUACUCUUAAUGGUGCAACUGGUUUUCUGGGAGCCUACCUGUUACGUGAUCUGUUGAACGAUGGCGAUAUUGAGCACGUGUGUGUCCUCGUUCGGGCCGACUCUGCUGAGCACGCCAUGACACGCAUUCGACGCAAUUUGGAGAAGUACGGGAUAUGGGAACAGAGGCAUUUCGAUGGACGCCUUAGCUGUGCGCUCGGAGACUUCACUCAGUCAAGGUUGGUUUUAGAACAAAGCAUGCAUGAAGAGCUAGCUUCAAAUGUAGACACGGUAAUCCACAGCGGCGCUCGUGUCGAUUACACGAGACCUUACAGAUGUCACGUCGCUGCCAAUGUGCAGGGAACCGUUAGAAUGAUCCAGUUCUACAGUGAUGGUCGUCAGAAAGCUCUACACUUUGUAUCGACGCUGGCAGUGUUUGGCCCGGUGGGCUCGGCGAUGGGCACUACCGACGUGUUUGAGGAUGACAAUCUUGAAUCAACAAGCACGGAAGCCAUCCGACUGGAUACGGGAUAUCCCAAUCAAAAUUCUUGGCAGAACGCAUUCUGGAGGCGGCCAGGGAGCGGGUAUUGGCAGUGA